AUGACAAGACUAAUUAGUUUGUAGAGCACCUAAUUAGCGAGGGAGUCUCCUGGGACCCCUGACCCAGUUGCUGCCCAGGGAGGUGCUGGUGGGCAGGAGGGUCUGAGGGCCUGGGCCAACCCUAGGACAGAGGUCAGGGCUCUCAGUGCUGACCCCCCCUGAGGUGGGGGACGCUGGGAUUUGGGGGCGGCCCCUGGGCCAUUUCCCUGGCUCAUGUCCCAGCCCCCAGGCCACCCUCCAGUCAGGCCCCAAUCUAGGACGGCAGGACGCUGGCACCGGCAGCCUCUCCCUUGAGGCAGCACCACGUGAAAUGGAUGGCCGGGCCCCUGGGGCGGGGGCCGGGAUUGAGGAGACUCAGGUCUCAUUCGGAGCAGCUCUGCAGAGCAGCACUGCCGCGCGGACUAUGGCGGGCUCCCCAGACCAGGAGGGCUUCUUCAACCUUCUGAGCCACGUGCAGGGAGACCGGAUGGAGCAGCAACGCUGCUCGCUGCAGGCAGGGCCAGACCAGCCCGCCGAGAGCCAGUGCGGCCCCACACCCGAGAUGGACAGUCUCAUGGACAUGCUGGCAAGUACCCAGGGCCGCCGCAUGGACGACCAGCGCGUGACAGUCAGCACCCUGCCUGGCUUCCAGCCUGUGGGCCCCAAGGACGGAGUGCAGAAACGAGCUGGGACCCUCAGCCCCCAACCCCUCCUCACCCCCCAGGACCCGUCUGCUCUCAGCUUCCGUCGGAACAGCAGCCCCCAGCCCCAGACACAAGCCCCCUGAGGGCCUGAACCGUCCUGGGCCCCACUUGGCCCCCGAAAACAGACAAUAAAACAUUU